GCCCGAGCGCCAGACGCGGAGCUGGGAAAAGGGAGGCAGAGGAGGCGGAGGCGGAGGCAGAGCCGGGCGCCGAGGACGACCGACAGACCAGCGGGGCUGGGCCACGCAGACCCGGCCCAGCGAGUUUCCCUGCGACCCGAGCCAGGUCCCCGAAAGCCAGCCUCCGGACUGGCCUGGGAGUCAAGGGCGCCAGAGCAGAUCCCGAAUCAGGCUUUCCUCGGCUUCCGACGAGGGCUGGCCCUUUGGAAGGCGCCUUCUUCAACGGCAGGACCAGUCAGGCCACCAUGACCGAGAACUCCACGUCCACUCCUGCGGCCAAGCCCAAGCGGGCCAAGGCCUCCAAGAAGUCCACAGACCACCCCAAGUAUUCAGACAUGAUCGUGGCUGCCAUCCAGGCGGAGAAGAACCGCGCUGGCUCCUCGCGCCAGUCCAUCCAGAAGUACAUCAAGAGCCACUACAAGGUGGGUGAGAACGCUGACUCCCAAAUCAAGUUGUCCAUCAAGCGCUUGGUCACCACUGGAGUCCUCAAGCAGACCAAAGGGGUGGGUGCCUCAGGGUCUUUCCGUCUGGCCAAGAGCGAUGAGCCCAAGAGGUCAGUGGCCUUCAAGAAGACGAAGAAGGAAGUCAAGAAGGUGGCCACGCCAAAGAAGGCAGCCAAGCCCAAGAAGGCCGCCUCCAAAGCCCCAAGCAAGAAGCCCAAAGCUACUCCAGUCAAGAAGGCCAAGAAGAAGCCAGCUGCCACGCCCAAGAAAACCAAAAAACCCAAGACUGUCAAAGCCAAGCCAGUCAAGGCUUCCAAGCCUAAGAAGGCGAAACCAGUGAAGCCCAAAGCUAAGUCCAGUGCCAAGAGGGCCGGCAAGAAGAAGUGACAAUGAGGCUUUUCUUGUGGACACUCCUGCCUGUCUCCUAUUUUCUGUAAAUACUUUUCUCCUUUCUUUUCUCUUGAUCCUCAUCUGCAGCCCGUUGCCCCUUUCUAUUCUGACUUUAUGAAGAGACAAUUUGGAUUCCUCAGAAAUUAGGAAAUAGUUCUUUUUUCUUUAACCAAUCAUGCAAGGACAGCAACAAGAGAUCUUAUCUCUGUAAAGAUGAGAAUGUACCUAUUUUGUUUUGUUAAUUUGUUAUUAAUCUACUUAUGGGUUUGAGGAUUUGGGUGGGUUUGUGUGUUUUGUUUAAUUGGAUGGUUGGUUCACUCUGAAGGUAAAAGUCGGGGAAGAAUGGGCAAGGCAGCUUGUUGUGGCUAGGUGCAAGGGAGCCCAGGAAUUGUGAGGUUUGUAGGGGUACCUAUGAGGCAAGUGAGCUUUAAGUUGAACACCCCUUGUGAGAGUUUCAGAACCUUGGCGUAGAGAAGAGGGGUAGCAGCAGCUGGAUGGCAAAGGAGGGAGGUAGGAAAAAACCUUCUUUGGACUGACUUCCACCUCCCAGUGGUGAGCAGUGGGGCAUCCAAAUCCAGUUUCCUUCUCACUUCAGUCAGUCUGCCCCUGUGGCCUCCCUUUUGUCCUAGGGAAGGGGAGGGGGUCCAAGUUACAGCUGGCCCAAGAAGCUGUGGCUUCUCUGUCAGUUGGAAACUAGCCAUUGGGGAAUCUCGGGCUUUGAAAAGUCUCCUGUUAAAGGGCAGUGGAAACUUUGGGGGGAGGGUGGGGAGUCAGUCAGCCAAGUGCCUCAGUGUGCCCUCCUGAAACUUGGGUUUUUCCACACAAUUGGAUUGUAUCCUAGGAGGACUUUCUUUCCUUUCCCCCCUUAUUUUUGGUGCCUCCUGUACAGAGGUGGCUCUGCUUGGUGGUCUGGUGGGGCUCCAGCCCUGCCACCCGCCACUUAAAAACCUCCCGACCUCUAUACUUCUGAGUCUUUUGUAAGUAGUUAUAGAUGGGGAAGGAGGGUGGGGGCGGGGAGUGGACAGUAAGACAUACUUCAGUCGACUUUGAAUUGCUAAGUAGUUUUACAGAGCUAGCUAGGUCUGUGUGUAUGUUUGUGCAUAUGUAUAUAUACAUAUCUAGGGCUAGUACUUACUUUUCACACCCGGGAGCUGGGAGAAAAAAACCUGUACAGUCUUUUCCCUUUUUUUUUUUUUUUUAAUAAAA